AUGGCGGAGGCGGCCGAGCCCAGGACGCCGACGGGGGAGGCGCCCGCAGAGGGGGCGCCCGAGAAGCGCGAGCGCGGCGAGGGCGCGGGCGAGGCCGCGGCGGACGCCGACGGCGCAGAUGGCGGCGAGCCCGCCGAGAAGCGUCAGAAGGUGGACGGCGCCGAGGGAGGCCCGGAGCGCGGCGAGGAGGGCGAGGGCGAGGGCGGCCAGAAGGCGGACAGGGAAGACGGGGGCCUCAAGAAUGGCGAGAAAGCCUCCGCCAAGUACGGCAACGGCUGGUUCGACGUCACGAUCGUGUCCAUCCGAUUGCGGGGACACGGUCAAGGUCAAGUGGGACCACGACGGCUCCGAGGACGACCUGAGCAGAGACAACGUGCGCUGCAGCAGCGCCCAGGAGGAGGCCGAGGAUCCGACGCCAAAGAGAAGCCCAUGGAAGAGACCACGGAGGAGCCCAAGGAUGAGCCAAAGGAGGAGUCCAAGGAAGAGACCAAGGAGGAGUCCAAGGAAGAGACCAAGGAGGAGUCCAAGGAGGAUGUCAAGGAGGAGACCAAAGAGGAGGUCAAUACGGAGGUUACCGAUGGCGUUGCGGAAAAGACCAAGGACGAGGCCGCCGAUCAGACGACGCCACCUGGCGGGCUGACCGCCGGCGUGAGGGCCGAGGCCAAGUACGGCAACAGCUUCUUCGACGUCACGGUGGUGGAGAUCGGCGAGAGCACAAUCAAAGUGAAGUGGGACCACGACCAGUCCGAGUCGGAGUGCCCUAAAGACGAAGUCCGACUGAAAGACGGCGCCGGGACUGAGGACGGGGAAGGCGGAGCCGCAGGCCAUCUCUGGCGAACUGACGGUGGGCGGGAAGGCGGAGGCCAAGUACGGCAACAGCUUCUUCGAAGUGACCGUCGUCGAGGUCGGCGACACCACCGUCAAGGUGAAGUGGGACCACGACGGCUCCGAGGCCGACGUGCCCAAGGCCGAGGUGCGCUGCAAGCCCGCCGCGGACCCAGAGCCCGGCAUCGACAUAGGCUGGGAGUGCGCCGCCUGGCUGCUGGAGAACGGCGGCAAGGUGAAGGCGAAGCUGGAGAGGCUGACGCUUGGCACCGCCGACGGGUCCCAGGCGGCGGCCCAGUUCGACAUCGCGGAGGCGGGCUCGGCCAAGGUGAGGGACAAGAAGACCCGGACGCGUGCUGA